AUGUCUCGCUUGAUGUCAAGAGAAAACCUUCCUUUGGUUCCACAUCGCAAAAGAAGAAAAGAAAAUCCGACCCAAUCGUCAGAGCCAUUGCAUGAAUUGAUCAACAAACUCCCUGAUGCUCUGCUGUUGGAGAUUUUUUAUCGACUCCCUCGUCGAUCUGCUCAUCGAUUCAAAUCCGUCUCAAAGCACUGGUCUUCUCUUAUUUCCGAUCCUUACUUUGUUCGCGGCUUCAUUCACCACCGCCAUCAAUUCAAUAAAUCAAAUUCAUCAGACUCGAACUCAAACCCCUUUACACUUGUGAUACAGCAUUUUUUUAGACCGACUAAAAAAAUCCUGGUUCUUCCAUCCAAUAAUUCUGGGGACUAUGACUUCGGUGAUGAUUUUCUCAACUUUCUUCCCUGUAUCAAACGACGAGUAAGGAAAGAUUAUCACUACAUAAUCACAGCAUCGUUCAACGACUUAUUGUUACUAUACAGCGAAGUUAGGGAAGACUUCAUUUUAAAUUUUAAGCCAGGUUUUUGUGAGUACUGCGUCUGCAAUCCGCUUACAAAACAAUGGAUCACGCUCCCUCACCUUCCCUUCAACAGUAACAAGGACAGCGUUAUAGUUGGCUUUACAUGCGAUCCAUAUAGUUGUGAUAAAGAGCAGGGAUGUAAAACCCAUGCACAUUACAGAUAUAAGGUGGUACGCAUUCAUUCUCCCACUCAACCCAACACUACUCAAUUAAGUGUGCAGAUUUUUUCUUCUGACACAGGAGAAUGGUGCAAAUCAGUUGUUUCGUCACCACGGGGACUGAAUUCGUUCAGUUUGAUAUCUAAGAAUGCUGGUGUUGUUGUUUGCAAUGCGAUGUUGCAUUGGGUGGAUUAUAUAUAUGGGGGAAUACUCGAAGGCAUUGUUGUUUUCGACCCAUUCAACGAUGCAGAACGAUGCCGUUAUAUUGAUCAACCCAUUGGCUUUUCGUCUUUGAAAGGCUCAGUCUCCCUUGGUGUGUGUCGAGGGCAUCUUCGGAUGAUCCAACAUCCUUCUCCAUGGUUUUACGGGUACCGUCCCAAUGCUCGCAGUUUUUCUAUUUGGGAACUGGAGGAUUAUGAUAAUGGAGGUACAUGGUGCCUAAAACACAAAGUUUAUUUCAAGGACAUGAUUUUGGAACAUCCCGUUCUUGCUAAGUUACCGAAGGAGUCUUUAUCACCGAUCGUGUUGUUGCCAGCUUUCCACCCAAAUGAUGAAAAAAUUCUCUUCUUCCAACUCCGCAAUUACAUUAUUAGGUGCAACUUGCAAACGAUGGUAUUGGAAAUUGUCGUCGAACUAGAAGAAACGAGGGAAAACUUCGUUGACAACGCGAAAUCUGUCUUCCUACUUGAGCAACAAUCAUGGCCAACACCAGUUCCUCCCCUCCCAUUGAAGUUCAAAUAG